AUGGGGCCUAAAAAAGGAAAGGAUACUAAUGAUGAAAACUACUGGAGAACAUUAAUUGAAGAAGCACCAUUGGAUGAUGAUAAUUGGAAAGUUAAAGUUAUAAUAAUGGAAGCAGCAGGUAGUGAUCAAGACCGGCUUUACUUAAACAAGUUCGAAGUCUUUGCCGCCGAAGAACGGAGGUUUGUUAUAAAAAAUAUUUGUAAAACAGAGACCAUAUUUAUGGUUAACCAACUUGGAGGUGAGAAAAAAGUUAAAGAUGAGAAUCUUCGAGUCUUCGAAGAAGGUCAAGCAUAUCUUAAAGAAAAAAGAGACGUCCCACCUGAUAUUUUAGCUCUUAUAAUAAAGAAACUUAUUCUUAAAAUGAAGGAUGAGUAUCUUUUUAUCAAACGUCAGAGAUUAGAAGUAAGAGAGGGAAUGAAAAGAGAAUCUACCACAAUGAUAAAUAGGGCUGAGGUAAGAGGCACGGUAAUUGUUAAACCUCCAGAACCGGCAGAGCCACCUCCAGAGCCUGCAAAAGGAAAAGGUAAGAAAGGAGAACCAGAACUUCCCGAACUACCUGAACUAGAUGAGGGAAAGAAAUAUAAUACGUUACUUCGGGUAAGGGGUGAAGAAUGGAGAGAUAAAGUUUAUGUUGACGAUUUUCCUACUGAUGGUCCAAAUAUUUACGUUGCUGUAACAGGUUUUGUAGAACCAUACCUUGCAGAAAGCCUUAUAAAAAUUGGAAUACCAUUAAGAGCUAUAGUACAAAUAAGAAUAAAUCCAACUGCAGUUAAAGUACCAUCUAGCUUAUUUCGAGCAACAAAGCGCGGGCAAAGUCAAACCGAAGUUUUAAUUGAGAAGUCUUUAAAAUUUUGGGACGAUUUACAACAGCUGAGAAUACAGCCUGAAUCAGGAGAUUAUUUUAAAUCUACAGCAUUUCUGAUAUACUCGCCCCCCUACUGGGAUGCCGAGAGUUUAUCAGGAGAACCAGAAAAAAUAUAUGAUGAAUUGUGUUUCCUUAUGUAUGAUAUUCAAGAUUUAACGAGACAACAUCUUCAUUAUUUAGAUAAUAUGGAUAUUAUAAAUGUUCCUGAUGAUGAUAAGGAUAAAAGAUUUGAAAAUAGUUAUUUUCAACAAAUCGACGAUAUACCUCUUGAGAGCACCACAAUAUAUACGAUAUUAGAUAACGUUUUAAAAACAGUCUGUAGAAGUGAACGCUUUGAUGAAGACACCAGUCAAACAUCGUUAUCAACUGCUUUAACUUUGAAUCAACCUCAUGAUAAUUCAAAAGAGGACACAAAAGCAAAACGUGCUGAAAAUUUUGUAAGCGACGUCUUUAAAGUUCUUUGUAAUAGCGAUGCUAAGAAUAAAUCUUAUCGUAUAACGUAUGGAGAAGAGUAUGAGACGCAUAAGAAUCCUGUUGUAAUCAAUUAUGGAGACAUCGUUAAAUAUGACACAUUUCAUUUGGGUAAUAUUAAUUUAGAUAAUUUAGUUCGGUGUAUGUUGUACGGAAUGCCUACAAAUAGACUGUGGCAAUAUCACGAUUAUCCAAGUGGCGAAUUAGAAGCAAAGAUACAAUUUCAUGUAAACGUUCUUUUAUCAUGUUUCGAAAGAAAUGACGUGGAGACCGCAGAGUUGAUCAGACUUUUGCAUAUUUUAGCUUGUCGUAAAUUAUUUAACAACAGAAGUUCCUUAAAGAAAAUGCAUAUACCGCUUAGUACAAUAACCGAAUUUAAAAAGGUGUACCUUAAGCGUAGUAUACUUGCUGAACCAUUGCUAACAUGCCCUUCUUUUUAUCGUGAAUGUAGUUCAACCACUCCGUCAUUUCCAUCUAUGAUUAAAAGUACGGAGGGUAACCUGAAAACGAAUAUUAGCGACGACGAAAUGUAUCGUAUUAAAUUUCUAUUUGAAUGUCCGGAUAUAAGUGAACUAGUAUCAGCAGCUGAAAUAGCUAAUCAGAAACCUAUAAAUCAUAUAAUUGAUGAUUUUGAAUAUUUUGAAGACUUUACUGGAACAAGUGCAUUUCAAAUGAUGUCGGAUGCAUUUAAUAAAUUUAAUUGCGUAGAUUACAAAUACUGCGAGGUAACGGACUGUUUUAUUAUGAUGUUCUUUAACAGUCAUGAUCCAGAUGGUAUAUCGCGUGAUGAAUGGCGCUGUCACUUACCUACGCCAUUAUGUCUACAAGAUUUUUUCGAUUUUGUGCUAGAAGAGCAAUAUGAAUGGAUUAAGAAAGAAGAACUUAUCUAUGAUGAACGAAUGGCGCUGAAGUCCCAGUCAGAAUUGAAAGUAUCUAAUGGAGAUAUGGCUAUGCAAUCUUGUGUAGAUAAUACCGAGGUUCAAUUGGAGCUUCUGAUGGAAGGAUCACUAAAACAUAAAGAUCUAUUGGAGGCAGAAGAAGCAACACCUGAAGAAAGUGCUGUCGCAGCCUCCGUGUCGAAAAAAACGACGAAGACUCCAUCGGAGAGUGAUAUUGAAUCGAAGAGUAGUAAAAAAACUAAAUCACCAAUUGCAUCCACUCCCAAACAUUUAAGGAAAAGCUUUCAUACAGAAUCUACUUUAUUACAAGAUAUGCCAAAAAAGCCUUUCUCUGGUUACGACUUGGGUGACAGAAGAGUAGAGGUAUUUGGUAAAGAUUCAAUAUUUUUCUCAAAGGACGGUACCCGUGUAUCCACUGCGUACUCCUUGAUUAUACCAAAAAACGUCGAAAACAUAAGUUUAAAAAUAGUUCCUGGUAAUGGUUGCAAUGAAUUCUGGAUGCACAAAGUGCUGGGGGAUUCAAUUAGUUCAGAUAUUAUUGAUGGGUGUGAAUCCUUUAGAAUUGUCAGUAAAGAUAACGUUAUUAUUUAUGUUAAAAAGCAGCAUUAUGAACUGCCUCUUCCCACGGUAGCUGCUUCUUUAUUAGAAACACAUAAACCGAGAGAAAGUACAGUUAAAUCACCAAACGUGUCUUCAAAAUUAAGCGCUACCGUUCCUCAGUUUUUCGAAACGAGAUCUUUUUACUCCCUUAUUGUGACAUGGCCGAAUGGGCAAAUUACGGAAACAGUACACGAAAACAAUUCCCAUGAUAUAUCAUAUAUUAAACAGCAUUAUCUUACUCAAUUACCGCAUUUGAAUGAACAAAAUCGGUGUGUAAGUUUAAACGGUGAAGUAGUUGUUUUUAAUGCACGUGGUAACAUAGAAGUAUUACGACCAGAUGGGUCCUAUAUCAACAUAACGAAAUGUGGAAAACAACCAGUCUAUACCGACAUAGACGAGCUCCUAAGCGAAACCAGCUCUGAUAAAAGCAAGAAAGCUAAAGAUAAAGGUAAAGAGAAAGGAAAGCCAAGUAAAGUAUCUUCUAAAUCAUCUAAAAAUGUCAUAAUGGAUGAUGAUCAUAUGGAUACUAAACCACUGGAGUAUGAAUUAAUUAUUGAAGAAUUUGAUACAAUUGAUACAGAUGGUGUAAAAGAAAAAUGGAUUAAUGAUAAAUCGUAUUUUAUAGAAAAACUUCUUAUUAGAACAGCAACGGACUAUUGCCUCGGAGAAGUAUUUUCAAGAAGAAUGGAUGGAACAAAUAUUUUGUUAAAUAAGGACGGUGUACAAAUUGUUACUUUUCCAAACAACACCCGCAUUAUUACAGAAUAUUUCAUUGAAGAUGAUGUUUACCCAGAGUGGAACGAAGAAGAGUUGGAAUAUUUUGCAAUGAUAGAUUCUGAUUCUGCUGAAAUGGAAACAUUAAAAUCUAAAGCUUCGGAUUCACAAAAAAGUUAUAUCGUUGAUCAAGAAAGUAGUAGCUAUGUAAGUGGAAUGUCCAAAAAAAUUGAAGAAGAAGAGAAAAGAAACCAGAAAGAACGUUCAGAUGGUUACGUUUCUGUUCAACUUAUGUUCACUAUAGAACAUCCAAAUUUUACAACAAUUACAAUUAACAAAUUGAAUGGGAAAGUUACUAUUGAUUCCCCUAAUAGUACCAGUAUUAGUUUAUGUAAAAACAACAAUUGCGAAUUCUUACUGGAUAACGUAACGACCGCUGAUUUUAAUGGGGAGUACUUAAAUAUAAACCAUGAAGCUUGUGUACAUUGUCACUGCAAGACUACUUGCACUGCUAAGAUAAAAUCAGAAGAUAUGUGUAGUGUUAGUCAAAUUCAUCGCAAUUGGUUAAAAAUGGAAGAUUCUUUUUGCAAGAAAGUUGUCGUAAACGAUGAAGGUAAUAUAAAUAUAUGCAACGACGCAUCAUCUGAAGAAAUUAUUCCUGGAGAAGAAACGAGUCAGCAUGAAGGUUCCGCUAAUAAUAUUGAGAAGAAAGUUCCACCUAUUAAAUCGGAAAGCUCUAUGUUAUCGCAUGGCAAGUGUAAACAGAUGUAUGAAACAAAAAAUAUGAGGUUUUUCGUCCUAAAACGUGAUUUGACAUGUUCAGAAUUAGUUCACCGAUCAAUUAUAGAAGACUACAAACAAGCGUGCCGAUGGCAACCGUGGUGCUCCAUUAACCGUUAUAACACUUUUGGAGACAGUCGAAGUAUUGUAUCUAUUUUAUCACCUGUACAUCGGACAGAGACAGAGAAAUGGCUGAUGGAAUCUAAACUAGCGAACAAGCCAAAGUUUCUUACUUAUAAGGAUCUGAAAAAAGAUAGCGGCAAAGGUUUUUAUCACUGGAUGCGGCCGUAUGGAAGAUUUGAGCCCAAACCAAAGAAACCUGAUAAUGUCCUUCCAGAUAGAUUACCUCGAGCAUAUAUAUUUAGAGUAUUAGAACAGCAAUGGAACGAAAACACAAGAGAACAAUUCAAAGGUGGUAAAGAGCUCCUGCGUGCAAUUCUUCGAUAUCGUCAAGUCAUUGAAACAGAUAGUGAAUCUAUUCUCAAUAUUCCUAUCAUGGAUUUGAGACCGGAAGACGAGAGACGCACCGAUAGUAUAAUACAGGCAAUCGCUCAUAGGACCUAUGAAGACUUGAAAAUGAGAUUGGUUGAAGAUGUUCAAUCUAGAGCAAAGGCGACAGUAACCACGAAGCCGGUUCCACCUCCAGAUGAGAUAUCUAUCGAAGGAGAGAUGGAGGAUGAGGAGACAGCAGAAUUCAAAACUUCGACCGGUGAAGAGUCAAGUGUACUACAAGAAGUAGAGGCUGUAGAGCAGAUGAGUCCGAAUUUGAAGCGGUACUGGCGUCGACGUGGGGAGGAAUUUAAGGAGGAACAGUUUUAUAAGUAUCUGCUCCGCGAAGGUAGCGUUCCACCGUACUUCCGCAACGUUCUCGGCGGCGCGAUCUGGUGGGACAUGAAUAAUGCUGCGGGGGAAGCGGCCACUACGGCGGAGAGGAGGAAAAUGAAAUGCAUCUGUCCCGGUGAAGAAGUUGCUACUGAGGCGACGCCAUUCAUCACGGUGUUGCUGAACCAGUGGCGAGGAAGCGGAGCGAGCCUCGUGAUUGGCGCUUGCAACAACCAAUGUCUGGGCUCUCUGUACAUCGGCCCUAAGAACGAAAAGGACCGCAACGCUACCCGGGCAGUCCAGCCCGGGCCCUUGCUUAGGAUUGUGUCGUGGACUCGAUUUGCAUGA